CAUAUUUUCAAGUUAAUUUCUUUGUGAUGAUUGUUGAAGUUUUGAAUCAUGAGACAAAGAAACGCUCGAACCGUUUAUUUGCUAAUUGCCAUAGAAAAUACAAUGGCGGAUGCUUUGUUGCUGAUCGUUUCGAAACACUGGAAAACCAUGGCAACAGAACCGCUUCCGCUAACAAAUGGACUAGUUUGUUCAUACGCAAAGCAAAUGAGGUAUUUGCGUUUAGAUCAUAUACAAGAGAUUUUGUAUUGAAUUUACAAUAAAGUCAGCAAACAGAUUACGUACACAGAUUACUGGAAUGCGUUGCCAUUUCAAAGGCACCUGAUUAUGUUUUGCUUUGAUUUAAAGUUUGGUACCAAAGAUUACGCAUUGACUAUGAAAAUUUAGAAUUUCGGUGAAUCUUUCAGCAGACGGCAUUAAAGUGAUGAAAUAAAGGUUGGUGUAUCCAAAGUCUGGAUCUACAUCUUCGAUUUUCCUGCGCGCCUACAGACCCAUUACUCGACUGCUACUCAAUGCUGUGGGUUGGUUUUUCUGAUAGCAAGCCUCAAGGAAACAAUGCUAAACUGACUUGUAGCUAAUUGACAAGGAUUUUUGAACGAUGGUAAACAGCAAGAACUAACAGUUAAUAUGCGAUGUUAUAACUUUAGCAAUAGCUAGCCGGAAGUCUAAAGAGCGAUGCAUUCUCAAUCUCCUAAAGGCCUAGCUGAGCUGCAGAAGCAACGCUUGUUUGAAUGUAUAGCAACAGGGCGUCUUUACAAGCUUCGUUUGAUGCUGGAUGACGAAGCCUGCGAAGUGGAUGUGAACUGCUUUGACGAAAAUCAACUCACACCAUUGAUGCAUGCCUGCUGCCUCGACGAAGAAAAAGCAAAAACACGGGAAAACAUUAUACGUGUGCUUCUCAAAAAAGGUGCAGAUCCAAACAUUGGUGACCCCAGAGGAAUGACAGUUCUGGCAAACGCAUGUAAAGAAGACAACUUUCAGGUUGUUAAGACGCUGGUCAACAGAGCAUCUCUUGAUAUAAACUUCAAUACUCAAGAUCAAAACGGAGAUACACCCCUGAUGCAUGCUGUUCGAACAAGCAACCAUAAUCUGGUUCGCCUUCUUGUUACCAUUAUGCAGAAACUCAAUAUUGACGUUGAUGUACGAAAUAACAAUGACAUUACACCGUACCUGGAAGCAAAAAAACUUGGCUACGAAGAAAUUUGCAACGUAUUGAAGAGUCUCGGGCGUGCUUGUCAGACACUCCAAAUAUUUCCAUUAGUAUUUGAUGAGUACAGUGAAGGCACACAGGCAAACAACGAUGUUUGGAAUAAAAGCCACGCUAGUAAAAGCACCAGAGAACAAAGUGUGUUGCACGUUGACAGAAAGAACAAGAAACCUAUCAGAAGAAACAGGCCCGUGAAAAGUGCACUUGAGCAUAAGCGACAAGGAGAAUUUCACAAAACUCGUGAAGCAGCGCGAUGUAACUUGUCAAAAGAAGAAGGAGAUUUGACUAACUUUGAAGUGAAGAGUAAACGGGAAAAUAUUAGUAGCGAAAAAAAAAUUAUCGAUCGGGCUUUGCAUGUGAACAUAAAAAAUGCUGAGGCUGUAGUAGACAUAACGAAUGAUGACGAAACAAAGGUAAAUGAACCUAGAGAACUUAAAAGCAAUAAGAUAAUUGUUGACGCGAUGAAAGAAGACGAGACAAAAAGUACGUUUAAAGAAAUAAAACAUACUGUUCAAAAUGACGAGCAAAGACCAGUGGGUUUCUCAAACGAGACCAAUGCUGAAAAAAGUUAUUCUAAUUCCAAGCCACAGAUUUCAGUCUCAGACGAAAGAGAUUCAGAAAACAAUGACAUUGUUAAUUUCGAAGAUUUGGUUUCAAAAUCUAAGAGCAUUUGGCAAAGUCGCCUUUCAAGUAAAGCACCGAGCUGGAAGCGAAAAUUGCAGCUUGGCGAAUUCAGAGACGCCUACAGUGGAUCAGGGGAUGAAAACCGAGGUGAAUCAAGAAAUGCAGAGCUUUUCAGAGAAUCGACGAUUUCAGGCGGUCUGCUUCGCAAAAUGGUGCUUGAAAAGCCCGCUACACCGUGUGUCACAAGACGAAGUACAUCAAAUUUAUCUGUUUACUUUAACGACCCAGUGCGAAUGCCAAGAUCCCGGCCUGGGUCUGCCUACCAUGGGCUUCAAAUUCACACUGAGCCCGAGUUUAUGCAAAAGCCUUUUGCUACAGAGGAACCCUCUAAGCCGAAGAUAACCUACGAGGACGUGUUUGAACUAUGUCCUGAUCUGAAGGGUAAUCCUAAACGGUCCUGGCACUCGGAUUUGCGUUGGAUGCUAGCUUUAAGAGCGCAUCAAAAUUGUGUGACCUACCUACCAGCACAGCCAGCGAGACUUGCUUUCGACUUUUUCACUGCUGAUCCGAGAAUGGAGAACGAGAGUAGAUUAGGGCGACGAAUAUCUGUCAGUGACAUGAAACGACCAAGUUUGAAAAAGAGAAACACGACUUUGUCACCAACUGCCAUGAGAGAAACAAACGAGUCAAGGUGAUGACGAUUUUCAGCCUCAAGGCGUCAGAGCAAAUUCGUUAUUCAAUGUUGCCAUCCAAUCAGUAACCUUAAUAAUCCUUCAAAAAAACCAGCCCCUCCUCAUCUACCAAAAAGUAUUGUCACUUAACUAAUCUUGUUGCUGCCAAGAAACUAAUAUUGAAACACAUGUUUGACAUGCUUGUUGUCAAGAUAAGUGUUCACCAGAUCUUGCUAAAUUCUAAAAUUCAAAUCGAUGAUGUCAGUCAAUGAAAAAAAAUCAAAGUAGAUAAUAGCAAUCCGUUGAAUAAAAUUUCAAUUGAAUACAAAAACAAAUACUAAAUAGAAAUUAUUAAGUUACGUUAAGGUACUGAUAGGUUAAAAACAAGGUAUGCCUUCACAUUCAAUCAUUUAAUUUCUUACAUGAAUCGAAGAAUGUCCUAAAGUUUACCCGGGGUUUAUUUUACUUUUUAUAAGUUUUACACUAAAGGUUAUGGAAGACGUUUUACCAAAAAUUUUUUUAGCCUUCAAUGCCAUUUAUAUCCUUUCUUUGUGUACAAUUUACCAACCUUCUCUGCAAGCCACCAAAAAUAUAAGACGUAAUUUGAUAAGUAUUUCAACAAGCCGAAUAAAUUCUUUAUACGUCAGAAAUACCUAAAGGUUGAUUGAAUUUUUUAAUCGACUAUUUCUAGUUACUUCUACUUGCCAGAUCCAUUGUGUAUAAUAAGAUAGGUGGAUUAAAACGUAACUAUCCUAUAAAACGUUUUUCAAAGAAUUAGGAACCGCGUAUAAAAAUAUUAUAAAAAACAACUUAGGUUACUGAAUGUAAUUCGUUAUAACAAAGGUACCUUUUCUGAAAGUAAGAAGAUGAUAUAGCAAAUAAACCAUCUGAAAGUACAUAAGUAUUAAAACGCUAAUGGGUAAAAAUGAAAUUGUAACGUAUAUUGUAACAUAUAUUUCGUGUUUUUCUUAAUACAUUUUUAAUUUGCUUGUACCGUAUUUCUUCUAAUAAAUAAUUAUUUUCGUCUAAAAAAAAAUAACACCCCCCCCUCCCCUCCCCCACACCCUUCCUUCAAUAAUGAUUGUCUUUUUCUAAUCAAAAGUCAGAGGGACGCCUUCUUACUGAGUGUCCGAUUUAGAGAGAAAAUCUGAUACGAUAAGAUCUGAAAUAGGAUGAGAUUCGGGGUUGAGGUUCCUCAGGCGAAAAUGAAACAAUGAAUCUAGCGAGGACGAUAGCUGGGGAAGUGACCUCACGAAAAGGAAUCUGGAGCUAGCUUGUGCAACCUUUUUACAUUGAAUUUCUCCUUCUGCAAUAACAUUGGAAAGUUUCAAAUACAAAUCCAAUUUCCUUUUACAGGCAGUCGAUAACCUGCCACUGAAACAAAUAUUCAAUACUAAAUUAUAUGUUUGUACACCUGACAAUUUCUCCUGAAGAUGAAUUUGAACAUAAGUUCAAGAAAAAUAUCAUAGCUUCAAGGCCCAGAUUUUCUCCCAGACGUACGGAAAUAUAUAUGAUUACUAGAAGAAAUACGGUAGAUUUUGUUGCUACCCAGUUUUAACUAAACUUUUAAAUGUUUACAAUAUUUCAAUUAUUAAUAGCAAAUUCUAUUCA